UCGGACGGUGAGUGCGAGCGUGACUAGACCCAGUGCAGCAGCGAGAUGUAUCCGCAGGCGGAGCUGGAGAACUACAAGCUGCAAGUGGAGCUGCUGCAGGAGAAGCUGCGUCGCAGCGAGGACAAUCGCCAGCAGCUGGAGCAUAAACUAGAAAAGGUUCUGCAAAAGCGCAGUGAAAUCGAGAAAGGCAUACGCCAGAAGACACGCCAGAAAUACCAGGAGUUCCUGGAGGAGCAGACGCUACGCAACGAACGAAACAAAAAGCUGGUGCAGAUGCUGGAGCGCAUCGACGAGCAGACGGCUGUCAUGUCGCAGCGCAGCGAGAGACUUAAAAUGAUGAAGCUGCAGUACCAAAUGUACUUUGCCAAAUUGGUUCAAAGCCAAACACUACGCUGCAUACAACAGACAGCCGCUCCAGGAGGCGGCGCGAUGACGAUUCCUGUGCUCAUACAGCCCCAGCGCCAGGCGACGGCCGUGUCGAGUCCAGCUGUUGGGACAGCAGCGGCUAAUGCUGCAGCAGCUCCCAUUGCAAAUCAGAGCCAGCCACUGAUGUAUCCCCUGACGACUGCAGGGCCACAGCAAUGGGCCUUUGCGACGCAGGCGUCGGCGCCGACGUCGACGCACACUCAAGCUGGCAUGUUAUUAACUUCGCAGGUGACACCACAGCCCGCCGUUUAUAUGCCCUACCCGGACUUGUAUGGCGGCGCAGGGGCUGGCUAUGGCGUGGUGGGCGUGGGACAGCCGCUUGCCACAUCCAAUCUGUUCGACCUGCGCGCCACAUUGCGUGCCCUGGACAAUGAAAAUGCCGAUUUACCGGAGCGAAUGACGCACUUUGAUGCGGCCGCCCUAGCAGUCGAUGAAUCUCGAGGUGGCGGCGUUGACAGAGCAGCGCCAGCAAAAACAGCAGCCAUGACGACAACAACAACGACAUCGACAACGACAACGACGACGACGAUAUCAACUCCAUGCUCAGUGAAAGAUAUGAGCGCACGGGAGCUGAGCAGCACAUCCUCGACGCUGGCAACAUCCUCGUUGACAUUUGAUAAAUUGCCAAUGACGGCAGCGCAGACUGAGCUGCCAGCUGCAGCUGUCGCUGUCGCUGGCGUCGAUGACGCUGGCGGUCGACCGCAAGUGUCGGCGCAGUUGCGUAGGGGCAGUCGGCAAGAGCUGGAGCAGCAGCAGGAGCUGGAUGCUUGGCCAAAUUCACGCGUGACUAAAGGCGAGCUUGAAAAAUCGCCAAGUGUCGUUGGCUAUAAUGAGGCGAGCGGGCAACAACAGCAACCACAGCAACACCAGCAACACCAGCAACACCAGCAACAACAACAGCAACGCGAUUUCGAUGCUUACUUUGGUGAGAUGAAAAUCGAUGAGCCCUGGCAACCAACGGCAGCUCCAAUGGCAACAAUGACACGGCCAAAGGACCAGUACGAAGACAGAGCGGAUCUAAGCGUGCGUGCUGGCAAAAUGAAAACAGUUGGAGGCGAUGGCGCCAUUGGCGGCCUCGUUGGCGGCAUCAGCAGCGAUUUGCUUGACGAAGUCAAAGCCAGCCGUGCUGCUUUGGAGAAGGCAGCGGCUGCGGUUGAUGAGCAGCUAGCACGAGGUAAUCAAUUGUCGCCACCGGCACCCAAUGAGCCAUUCGCUAAGCCCGGAGUGUCGAUUGAGAAUAUUGAAAAUGCCAUUUACGGUGAACGUUUGACGGCAACAACCACUGCGAUAUCAGCCAGAGCAGCAGCAGCAGCGGCAACGGCAGCGGCGGCGGCAGCAACAACAACAGCAACAACUGCAUCGACACCGGGAUUAGUGGAGAAUUUGGUAAGCAACGCAUCGAUGCCACAGCCACAUCAACAGGAACAACAUCCGCAGCAGCAGCAGCAGCAGCAUGGGAAUGAGCAGGUGAGUGCCAUGGAUACACAACAGUUGUCAGAGCAGCAGCAGCAGCAGCAGCAGCGAGCAGACCAAACAGCCUACGGGCAGUAUGAUGCCAAUAGCUAUGUGGAUCCGGGUGAGCCCAGUUACGCCAGCAUUGAGUCGACUCCGCAGCAGCAGCUGCAACAGUUGCAGCAGCCGGCAGGCGCUGCGGCCGAGCCACUGUACAGUGAAAUCGGAAAUCCCACAGACUAUCAGCAAUAUGCAGCGGAUGCAGCAAACGCAUCAGCCGAGGCCGAGGCAGAGGCGGCUGCAGCCACAGCGCAGCAAGAGUACUCCGGCAUGGAUUACAGCAACUACGAUGCCGCGCAAUAUGCAGCUGGCUAUGAUCCCAAUGCCCAGUACCCGGGCUACAUAUACGAUGAGGCCACUGGCCAGUACAUAGCCGAUCCCAAUGCAGCUCAGUAUGCCCCGGAUGGCAGCUACGCGGGCCAGGACUAUGAUGCUGCAGCGGCAAAUUAUGAUUACUAUGGCGAACAGCAACAGCAACAGCAACAGCAGCAGCAACAACAACAGGAAGAGCAUCAGGAACAAGAGCAAGGCGCCUAUCCGAUGUCUGACAAUAGCAAUGGCACAGCAGCGGAGCUGGUCGCACCACAGGAAGUGGAGCAAGCCCCGCCAUCAGACGGGGCUGAUGCAAAGCCCGAGGCCAUUCACUCACCAGCGGUGGCCGGCAGCACCGCCAAGCCCGCGAAACCCACAUCGAUACUUGCGUCGACAGACAAACAAGCGAUGCCUAAUGAUGCGCAUCAGCAGCAGCAGCAGCAGCAGAAGAAGAAGAAGCGCGUUAAUUUCGUUGACAGCAGCGAAACGGAUGAUAGCUCAAGCGCGAAACCAGUCCAGGAGCCACCCGGACUUACUGGCAGCCCCGGCCCCGGCCCCGGCCCCAGCCCAAGCGCCACAGCACCCGCGGGAGCAGCGGCCAGCGCGUCUGGCGUCGGCAGCGAAAGCGACUUCGAUUUUUCAACGGGCAGCGAGGCGAAGAAUUAGAACAAGCGCCAAACACUUCAGUUCUAAUUUGCUGCCAUUUAGGUUAACCAAUGGACUGGCCAUCCCACACAGUGGUCAUUCAUUCAAUGGGAUCGCAGUCAAUUUCUGUCCACAGCAUUUCCCACUUUGCACACAAUUCAUGAAUGGAAACUUUGAUUG